GCAACGCAGGAUGCCUGUUCCCAUCGCAACCCCAACCAUCGAAGAGAUUCGAGAGCCCAGCAAGGUAAUCGGCCGCAUUCUCACCGAGUCACCUUCCUCGGACGUGAAGGCUCAGCUGGUCAAGGAGCACUUCUCCAGCAGCCUGCGCGAUCACUGGCAUGAGAUCCCACUGCUGAACUCCGUGGACCAAGUGGAGCAGAUCAGGCCUGGGACCCUCGUCCGCUUUCGGUGCAUGGUGCAGAACACUUACAACCCCGAAUGGUACGUGGGGGAGUACGAGCUUGUCAACAAGGCGACUGGCGAGAGGAAAAGGCGCUUCUCCCUCUAUGCGGACUCAGUCGAGUCUGAGGAAGGUUGUGACGUCGACAUGAGCAGUGCGUCCUCUGCGACGCUCGAGCGGAUCCCCUUGCACUGCAUCAGCAUCCCCUUCGAGUCCUCCUGGGUGGGGGAGGAGCACGAGGCGAGGGAGGAGCCCAUGACUUCAACGGAGCAGCGCUCGAAGCGAAGCUUGGAGGAAGAGGACGUGGAGAUGGCUGAUGUGUCGGGGAUGGAGGAGCAGGAGAACAAGAGAUCUUGCAGCAAGUCGCAGAGCGAGGGAAUGAAUGAUGGAGAGAAGGGUGCAAAGAUUUCUGACGGAUCCUUCUGUCAUUCCCACAUGAACGAUCGCAUCGACAGCAAGCAAGCAGCCAUUGUCAAGGUUUACGACGCCGAUGCCCGAGAGUCUGUGAAAGUCAACGAGAUCUACGAAGUCGUGCGACAUGCUCCCUCUGGCUGCCUCGGAGUUUACCGGAAGAGGUCAGCUGGUCUUCCAGCUCUCCCCCAGCUGACUUUGCGACCCUCUCAGCUUGUCAACAUCUUGUCAAACUUGACGCAUGGGGAUGAAGUGGCGGCUGAGUACCUUCUGUGCCAUCUGAUCUCCCGGAUCUACCACCGCCUGCAUGGCGUUCCUGUUGGAAAACUUUCUCUCGCUCUCUCGGGCCUUCAGCCCGGGAGCGCGGAGGUCUCCUCCUCCUCCUCGGAGCUGCUGGAGACGCUAAGAAAGCUGCUGCCAAUGGUUGCAGACAUCAAACUGAGCAUCAAGGAGCUCUGCGGGAAGUCGAUGACGUCCAAGAAAGACUACGAGACCGACAUGCUGCACAUGGGAAAGCUGCAGGUCGAGUUCCCGACAGACGUCCCAGCCCUCGUCCUCUCGCAGGGUCGAUCUCUCCUCCGCACCGACAUCGCGUUGAAGCUUGAGCACAAGCAGCGGACCCAACCCAUGCAGCUCUCCGACGAGCUUCUUGCUCGCCUCCGCGCCUACCUCCAGCUGGCUCGCAGCCUGGACGUGAAGAUGAGCGACGACUUCUGCAAGAUCGCAGAGGAGAAGUUCGUCUCCGCUCGUCAGGAGCAGCAGGGAGUCACCCAGGAGACUUUCGGCCUCUGGCUCACAUUGAGCCGCCUGCUGGCUGCGAGCUACGGGGAGGAGGAGGUGACGAGUGAGCGGUGGGAACAAGCUCUCCAGCUGGAGGGCACCCGCAAACAGCGCAGCUCGUGUUGAGAAGUAUGUAAAGUAUGUAGCCGAU